ACUACUUUUUUGAACUGUCCAGUCAUUAACCGGAUGUUUUCAAAAGAAAAUCGACACAAACAAUACCUAGAAACGAAAAGAUGAUCGAAAAAAGACAUACGACUGAAAACUGUUAGAUUCGAAAGUGUAAGCAAAGUUCAAGAAAAUCAAUGAACUCAAAAAAUACAAACGGCAAGUUAUUUACGAGAAAUCGAAACUUUUAGUGACUACUUUGAAUGGAUUACACGCAACGAAGAUGAAAACAGAAGUCUUGAUGCGUAACAAACGAUUAUAACAAUGAAAUUAACUCAGCAAGUAAAAAUAGCACUUUCGUUUUAAAAUGGCGCGUGUUGAUCACCUCUAUACUGGCUUGAGAAGCAAAGCGAGGUUGAAUGCCACCUAAACUUAUUUUAAUCUUCCGACGUUUGUGCAAUCUAUCAACGACUUUGUAAAAUAUCUUGAUUCUGAAUAUCAGAAUCCAAUCUUUAUGAUGUCUAAGGGAAUAACGUUGUGUGGCCAACAAAUUGCUCAAGCUGUUGGUCAAAAAAUUAUAUCAGAUGUGGCUUAUUUGAAAUCAAACUUCAACAUUUCUCCCAAAUUGGUCGUUGUUGAAGUUGGUAAUCUACCUCAGUCAAAGUUGUACAUAGAGCAAAAAUUCAAAUUUGCAAAGAAGUAUGGCAUACUUUUGUCUCACAUGCGAUUUCCAUCACAUAUUCCUGAGUCAGUGCUUUUAGAUUAUGUUUAUAAGUUGAAUUCUGAUUCAUCAGUGCACGGUAUCACUUUACAAUUGCCGUUUGAUUCCGAUUCAAAUAUUAAUGUUACUAAUCCAUUAAAUGCUGUUGCUACUCUCAAGGAUGUUGAGGGUCUGAAUCCUUAUAAUACAGCUGUAUUAAGUCGUAGGGAUAUACUAUGCCCUCAUUGUGAAAACGUAAAACAACAGCAUGUUCAUAUACCUUGUACAGCAGCCGCAUGCUAUGCUUUUAUUCGUCAUGUUAAUUUUCCUAUAAUUGGUUCACGCUGUGUAAUCAUUGGUGGUGGUCGUCUUGUCGGAGCACCCACAGCGGAUUUGUUGUCACGAUCGUGCGGUGCAACGGUUAUACAAUGUCACAUACAGUCAAAUAAUAUUAACGAAGAAAUUAAUCGAGGUGAUGUUGUCAUCUCAGCAGUCGGACAUCCAAGAUUAAUAAAGGGUGAAUGGAUUAAACCAGGAGCAUUGGUAAUUGAUUGCGGCUAUUCUGUUCUGAAUGGUAGGUGGGAAUAAAUCUGUUGUUUUAAGCUUUAAUGUCUUUUUGUAAACAUUACUUUCAUGCUUGUUUGUUUACGUUCACUGAAAUGUUGAUGAAGUAUGCUAGUUUGAACUGACAGUUUUUCGUUCUAACUUCUACAACUCGAAUACCUGAUGGACAUAGUAGGUUGGUGGUAUGCACAACCAAAUGGUUCAGGAAGAAUAUGUUGUACUUUGGUUAUUAAUGUACUUGUAAUAACUUGAAAGACGAAAACUGUGAUAUGUAUGGUUUGCUAUUAGUGGUAUGGGGACAGUUCUUUUCCCUGUUGCUCACGUCUUGAAAGAAUAAUUUUCCAUGGGUAAUCUAAAAAAGUCUGUAUUAGUAGUGAAUUUAGCGACCUGAAGCAUAAACACAGAGACCAAGGGACAGCUACUUGAGGCCGGUCACACAAGGCCACUUUGUGGCCAGAUUUUGAUGUGUUAGUUCUAUGCUUCAGAAGGCCUUAUCACUGAAUACACAAAUUAUCUGGGUAGUAUGAGGUGUGACAUUUUAGGGUUUGCCUUUUCUAACCUUUCGUUAUAUGGAGGUAGUAUUGUGGUGUGUGCUACUGAUUUCGACAGAUAUAAGUAUUAGGUAUCAUCAAUUGGAAGUGAAUUGCUUGGAGGCAGAAGGUUAAGAAGAUCAAGGAAAAGAGAACGAGAACAGAGAAUGAUUGGUGUGGAAGCGAAGGAACAAUGAAGUUUAAGACGAUUGAUUCACAUUUCGCAAAUGAAGUAUUUACUGUAUGAUUCUCAGAUUUCACUGAGAGAUUCUAUAAUUUUGUGUUGAAAUACAUUUGGUUGUCCCCACUUGUGUUCUCCUUCACUACAGUACCUCUGGAGAUUCUGUUUGUCUGAAGGAAACACCUUACAGCAACCACAUCCAUGUACGGCUAGAAGAAUAACUUCUCCCUCUUAACUUAAGUCACUGCUUCUAGUCUUACCGUUCUCUGAUCUACCUGCUUGGUAUGAACAUAAAGGGUUGGUGUUUCGUCCAAUGUAGGCCGAAUAAAUCAUUAUGAUAUGUAAACCCUACCACGACGUCAAGACAACAACUGUGGUUUGGUUCAGACUAAUUAUUAUCAAAUUUAAUUCGUCAAUUAUUAGUGUAACUCGUUUCCUGAGUGCAGGAAUUUAUGUACUAAGCUUUGAGCAAACUGUUUUUAUGUGGGCUGGUAAUAUUACCCAGCAACCCAAACCAAAGUAAGGGAGAACGGAGUUUGAACCUGUAGCCUAUUGGAUAGAAGCCGGACACUUUAACUACUAAACUGUCAUCAUCAAAAUUUGUUUCUUUGUAGGUUCACUAAUUGUUUCAUUGAAGGAUCUAAAACCGAACAUUUUAGAUCCUCGAAAUCCAAACAAAUCACGAUGCGUCGGUGAUGUAGAAUUUGAAACAGCUAUAGAGAAUGCGAAGUGGAUUACACCAGUUCCAGGUGGAGUUGGUCCAGUUUCAAUCGCUAUGUUAUUUCGUAAUACCGUGAAUAGUGCUAAAUGGUCUGUAGGAUUAAAUAAUUCCAUAUGUUCUUGUUCAAAUUAUUCUGAAAAUGACAUCUUAUCUAAAGAACAUGCCGAUAGAAAAGUAUCUAGAUAAAAGGGAUGAUGAUAACUAUCUUAGUUAAUCUAAUCAAUGGAUAUUGUUUUUAGUUAAACAUCCUGUACUUAUUCAAUUAUCUUGAACGAAUUCUAAACCAGACAUUUAUUUUAAACUGUUUCUACUACCUUCUAUUAAUUAGCGUAUCGCUAAUCGUAAUAUAGGCAGAUGUGAUAUUAAGCUCUCUGUUGCUUAUUUGUAUACUCAAUUACUAUUACUUUCAACUGAGUAUUUUAACUUCAUGCAAUUAGCAUCUUGUGAUGUAUAAUGUAAAAUACCCCAACUACAAACAAAAGCAUACAGCUCUUAUUGUUCAUAUGAAAUAAAAACAUCAUGUUUUAAGU